AUGCCUUGUGCAGAUAUACUUAUUGACAGCACUCAUUCCGAUUUAGCAGUACAGACUAUUUGCAACAGAGCCGCUCGACACGUAUUCGAAUACAAUUCCGAACUUAAUAUAAACUUUCGGAUUCUUGACGUUGAUAAGACAGAUUUUCCUUGCAGUCUUUCAAACAAAAGUGUCACUGUUCACUUAUCUGAAAAGUGUCUACCACGAACUAUGUCUAACAAUACGCCAGUGUUGUCGUUUUCAGUGAAAAAUGCCAACGAUUCUGAAUCUUCUAUUUUCUACACAAGUUUUGCACGUGAUACUUUGACAGAACUUUCCGUUGUUAUUGCUACUGCGGGAAAGAUGAACUGGACGUCAGUCGUCUUUGUUGGCGACACAGAGGAAGAUAAGUUUCUGGAACGGUUGCUACGAUUCAGAAGAUCAUUUGAUUUGGUAAAAUUUGUUUCCGUGCAAGAUGUUGCUGACGCAAAGGAUCUGUACUUGAAGAUUGUCGAGAUGGACUCAGAUUUUGUGUUAUUUCAUUGUAGCAGCUGUCUUUGCUACGAUCUCAUAAGUAAAUUACUUUAUAUUAGGAAAGAAAAUUUUGCUCAAAAAUUUUCGGUGCCUUGGUUUAUGACUGAAACUCUAACGCAAAAAUUUCUACUUGAUAACAGAGUUGUACCGUCUGCAAUAAAUUCUACAACGUAUGGUCUCCAAGUUUCAGCUCCCACUAGUUAUCUUUCCAAUGCUCUCCUACAAAAAGUUUCAUCUUUCAACGGCCCCAUACGCAACUGCGGUUUAACGGGAUUAGCGUACCAACAGGUGCUUGACUUGUUCGAUUCAUUGAUUGUUGCCAGUUGUCUAAUGAGACCUCACUAUUAUGGCUAUUUAUGGGAUUUAGACUUUCUUAGCAAUAAAAUAAACAAGGCAAAUCUUGAUGGAAGUCGAGGGAAAAUACGUUUACAUCAUCCAUCAUCAUUCAGCUACCCUGUUCUUCACAACGUUUUAGAUGUCAGUCAAUUUGUCAUUGCUACAAUUGGAGUUUAUGACAGCAGCAUGUCUGAGUGGGUGCACAAGCUCACACCAUUUGACAUUGAAAGUACAACAUUGAGAGGAAGACGCCACCGACGAGCUGAGCCUCCGUUCAUUAUCUACGAUCCCGACAACAAAGAAGUGGGACCUCACAAUGGCAACUAUACUGGAAUUAUAGUCGCUAUUCUAGAACGGCUGUCACAAGAGAUAGGGUUUACCUACACAAUUUCACAUCCACCCGAUGGGAAGUAUGGCACAGUAAACGAACACGGUGAGGGCAACGGAAUGGUUGGCCAAUUGAUGAAUUGUGAAGCCGAUUUGAUAGCAGCUGCAUUUGCAAUAACGGCGGCGAGAUCGCGGUAUAUACAAUUUACUAAGUCAUACAUCGACGUCGGAUACAGUCUACUGAGGCACAGAGACAAAGAAGAGAGCACGGACAUCUGGGCGUUUCUCAACCCAUUCGACUUAAGCACAAAAGUCGUUCUCGUCAUGACGUUCGUUUUUCUUUGGGUUGCCUUUCUAAUCGUGCAAAAAGUCAGUCCCUACGCAAAUUCCUCACGUUUACAAACAGAAUCGGAUCCGAAAACAGCGCUCGACGUAGCCGAAAACUCGAUUUGGCUCUUCUUUGCUACUGCAAUGCAACAAGGAUCUGAAGACAUACGGGCAAUCUCGGGCAAACUGAUGGUGGCAGGAUGGUUCUUCUUCUGUCUGGUAAUAGUAUCAACUUAUACAGCUAAUCUGGCAGCGUUUCUUACUGUUAAGAGCUUUCAAAACGGUAUAAAUUCACUAGACGACCUAGUAGGGCAGACGGAGAUUGUAUACGGAACAGUGAGGGACACUUCAGUAGCGGAAUUCUUCUCCAAAUCUCCGAUCGAAGUCUACAGGCGUAUGCACACGUUUAUCACUAACACGGAAGGAGCCCUGACAGAGACGGCGGAGGAAGCAAUUCGUCGCGUCGAAGAUCAAACUCGUGGCGAAUACGUUUUCAUUUGGGAUCGACCUAUUCUCGACUACAUCGCCUCGCGAAGACCGUGCAACACCGAGGUGGUCGGAAGAGAGUUUCAUUCUCACGGUUACGCUCUGGCUAUGCCUCUCGGCAUGCCGUACGAAUCCAAUUUCUCGUUGUCGAUUCUGAAAAUGAGAGAGUCAGGAUUCAUGGAGCAGGUGAUCAACAAGUGGCUCGACGGGCUCGAAUGCUCGUCUGCCGUUGGUGUCAACGAGCUAACCGACGCGAGUGAGGUUCGUUUGACUGACUUGAUUGGAGUUUUUCUCAUUCUAGCAGCAACAACUAUCGGAUCGUUCGCUUUGGCGUUCCUUGAGAGAGUGUGGUGGCUACGAAAUAAAUGCAGGACACACGCGAUAGGCAAUAAGGUAAAGAGUAGGAUGCUUUGA